AUGGCGGCCAACGAGAAGAGGCGCUCGUCCCCCGCGGCGGCGGCGGCGGCACCAGCAGCAGCCGGGACAGAUCAGGGCCGGUCGGCCUUGUCAGCGAACGGCGUCGCCGAAGGCGAGGCGGAAUUCCUCCUGCAGUCCGGCGUGACCGACAUGGUGCGAGAGGCUCUGCUAAAAGUGCUCGAAGCCCGGCCGGAGAAACCCGUCGAUUUCCUGGCCGGCUACUUCGAGAAGCUGAUGCAGAGCAGCCCGGAGGCGGCGACGGAGGCCUUGUCGGACGGCGGGGACCCCCAGCGGCAGCUGAGUCUCGACCGGGCCUUGUGGUAUCUGGGCCUGGCCCACCAUUCUCACAGGACAGCCUUUAACAACAACGUCCACUCCGCCUACGGUGCCCUCGGUGCCGGGGCCAAGGACAAGAAAGCCGGCGUGGACGGGAAGACCUACAGCGAGCUGCUGCGACUACUGUGCCAAGACCAGGGGGCCUCGGACGAGACCUUGCAGCCCCUCCUGCAGAAGGUCUCGUGCCGGGACCACGAAGCGGUGCCCUUCGACAUCUUCCGCUACGGGGUCCUCACCUGCCUGAUCCUUCUGGAGUUCCUGGCCAAGGCCGAUGGCCUUUACGACGCCCUCGACAAUGGCUCGGGCGCCGCCGACAAAAGGGUCUGCACGGCCGUGCUGGGCACGCUGGAGGAUGCUCUCCACCUCGCCGACGUCUCUCCUCCCAUCCGUUGCUUGGAGGCUGGAUCCAAGCUCAGGCCGGACUGCUUGGCUAUGGCUAUGGACCGGGCGCUGUUGGAGAGGAAGGCCAGCGCGGCCAUGAAGAAGGACGAGUUUCUCAAGAGGGCUUCGUCCAUCUUUGUGACAAAAGUGAAGUCGAUUCACUAA